GAUAUAGCGGAGCUCCAUACAGAAGUGCUACCUUCCUCCACAAUCCCCCUCUAUAAUCUCCGUCUGACAUCUUCGACGUUGAGCCUGAAUCCUUGAACUUGAUUCUUUCAUAGCACUGCCGCGCUCCACAAUACUGGCUUUCUCCUCCGUACUUGAAUAUUACUAUAUAAUACCUCCUGUACUAUAACAAAUUCUCGAUCAUAAGUCGAAGUUCAUCGCCAGAGCUUACCUUACUGUGCUGUGCCUGCAUACCAUACCACGAACAAAAUGAUCACCGAUACGCUUUUGCAUUUGACAAUUCGGCAUUGGCCUUCAUUUUUGAUUGUUGCAAUCGCCAUCUAUCUCGCCACGAAUCGUUUUAAUCGUGGUCUCAACAAAUAUCCAGGACCGACUCUCGCUUCCUUCACGGAUUGGUGGAGGUUCUACGAUGUAUAUAAACGUCGCCCAGAAGUCACUCAUCAAAAGCUACAUGCUGAGCAUGGAGAUAUCGUCCGUCUGGGGCCUAAUACCCUCUCUUUUGCAGACCCAAAAGCUUUGAAAACUAUCUAUGGAUUGAACAAAGGCUUUGUAAAAUCCGCAUUCUACCCCGUUCAGCAAUCUGUAUCCAAUGGUCAUGCACUGCCAUCGCUCUUUAGUACUACCUCCGAGCCCUUCCAUGCACAACUCCGACGUUCAGUCAAUGCUGCAUUCAGCAUGUCAUCUCUUGUACAAUACGAGCCACUCGUCACUCGUACGACCGAAAUCUUCCUCUCUCGUACAGCCGAUCUCUUCACUUCACCAACUAGCCAUUCUUCCUGUGAUUUUGCAAAAUGGUUACAGUUCUAUGCUUUUGAUGUCAUUGGCGAAAUGACAUAUUCAAAACGACAUGGCUUCCUUGAAGAAAAUCGAGAUGUCGAUGGUAUAAUAUCCUACCUAGGAAGGCUCUUCGACUAUGUUGCACCCAUCGGUCAAAUCCCAAUCCUCGAUCGACUCUUCCUCAAAAAUCCUCUUUACCUUCUCGCUGCCAAAUAUGGCCUUGUGGAUGCCACAUUUCCCGUCGCCAAAUUCGCAGCACAACGUGUGCGAGAACGUUAUCCAAAAACAGACGGAAACGGAAUACUACCUACCGUUGACGCAGAAGUCAAAACAGAUAAAUCACAACCUGAUUUGUUGUCAAAAUUCAUACAGGCAAAGCACGAUAGACCUGAAUUCAUGACAGAUCAACUAGUCAUGACGAUGGCUGUUUCCAUGGCAUUUGCAGGAUCGGAAACCACGGCAAUUUCCCUUAGUGCUGUGUUCUAUUAUUUGUUGAAGAACGAAAACUGUAUGCAAAAGUUGAUGCGUGAGCUUGAUCAGAAAGCCAGGGAAGGAUAUUUUGAGGAUGGAGAAACAGGUUUAGUCAGUUGGACGGAGAGUCAAGGGUUACCCUAUUUGGAUGCUUGUAUCAAAGAAGCUUUCCGCUUACAUCCAGCACCAGGCUUACCGCUCGAAAGAGUGGUACCAGAACAGGGAAUAGAGAUUGCGGGGGAGUGGGUGAAGGGCGGCACCGUGGUAGGAUGUAGUGCUUGGGUCAUUCACCAGAGAAGAGAGAUUUUUGGAGAUGAUGUAGAAGCUUUCAAGCCGGAAAGAUGGCUGAUAGAACAGGGAUUGAAUAGGGAAGCCGAGGAGAAAAGAAUCAAGGAGAUGAAUGGAGCGAUGUUGAUGUUUGGAAUGGGGGCCAGGUCUUGUAUCGGAAGGAACAUCAGUCUUUUGGAGAUUUACAAGUUGGUGCCGAGUUUCUUGAGGAGGUUUGAGAUCGCACUUGAACAUCCCGAGCAAGAAUGGACCUUACACAAUUCCUGGUUCGUACGUCAACUAGAUUUCCGAACAACGUUCCGCAAUCGAGAAAUCGUGCAACCAUGCGCGUAGCCUGAUAGUACAUUAUACGUAAUUUGUACACACACUUGGCAUUUAUUAGACUUGAGCGUUUGAGCGAUAUUAUAUCCUUUUGGGCGUUUCGUAUCAAGAAGUGUCAGGUACGGUACCUGCAUACAUGAAUAUCAUGAAUUAUCUAAUUUAAAAAAUAAAUGAAUAACA